AAUCCAAGUCCAUUAAAACAAAAUUACGAAAUUGCUGCAUUCGAUUUUCUCAUUUUCCCCCAAAUUGAUUCGUCUUCCACAAGAUCUCUCUGUCCCUAGGGUUUUAACUUUUAACCGUCGGUGUAUCCGCCAUGAGAACACGCCGGAGAAAUGUUUCGAUAUUUUCAUUUUCCCCCAAAUCUGUUCGUCUUCUACAAGAACACUCUGUCUCUAGGGUAUUAACCGUCGGUGUAUCCGCCAUGAGAAGACGGCGGAGAAAUGUUUCGAAGGACCGUCUUACCAUCAGCACCCGACGCAGUAGGAGGAAGAAGACCUCACCGAAUGGAAUAGAAAACUCAGUCCAGAUCCCAGUUGAUCUCAUUAUCGAGAUACUCUUGAGAUUGCAGGCGAAAUCUAUAGCUACAUGUCGUUGCGUGUCGAAGCUUUGGGGCUCCGUGAUUUGCCGACAAGAUUUCACGGAGUUGUUCUUGACCAGAUCUUUGCAUCGACCGCAACUCUUGUUCUGCUGCAAAAAAAAUGGUAACUUGUUCUUCUUCUCGUCACCUCAGCUUCAAAAUCCAUAUGAGAACUCUUCCGCCAUUUCUCUUAUGAAUUUCUCCCUAAGUUCUAAAAUUUCUCGUCCUGUCAAUGGCUUGAUCUGUUUUAAACGUAAGGAAACGAACGAAACAGGGACAGUGAUAUGUAAUCCUAGUACUGGACAUACCUUAAACUUACCUAAACCAGCGACGAGUAUUGGGGCGAUGAGCUUUCUCGUGUAUGAACCGGUUGAGAAACAGUUCAAGGUAUUGUUGUCAUAUGAAAGUGAGGAGCAUCAAGUUCUGACACUAGGAACUGGAGAACUGUCAUGGAGAAUGAUUGAAUGUUCCAUACCUCAUAUUCCUGGAUUGUCUGAGAUAUGCAUCAAUGGUGUUUUGUAUUAUCCAGCGAUCGAUUUGUCUUCAGGGGAUUACAUUAUCGUUUGCUUCGAUGCUAGGCCCGAGAAGUUUAGAUUUAUUACUGUCAUGGAAGAUUUCAUUAAAGCAGCGCAUGAUGGAAUUCUUAUUAACUACAAUGGUAAAUUAGCUUCACUUGUUUCUGAAAGGGAUUGCUUUGUUGAUGGACGUAGUAAAACUAUUGAGUUGUGGGUUCUACAAGAUGCUGAAAAGCAGGAAUGGUCGAAGCUUAUAUACGUGUUGCCCGCUUGGUGGCAGGAUAUGGUUGGAACCCUCGAUUUACGCUUUGUUGGAGUGACUCGUACAAACGAAAUUAUGUUGUCGCCGUGCUAUCAAACAGUGCCUUUCGACGUCUUCUACUUCAAUAUUGAGAAAAAGACGAUGAUAAGUGUUGAAAUACAAGGAAUGGAAGCGUUUCAGGGUCACUUAGUCUUCACCUAUUUAGACCAUGUAGAAAACGUGAAGCUUCUGCAAAACAUUUUUUAAUUAUCUAUGUAACAGAAUUAGUCUGGCUCUUGGUUUUUAUAUAUCACAUGACUAUGGGAUCUUAUGUUAUGUACUUACUAUGGGUCUGUCCUUAUCUUAUUUCAAUGAGUAUUUUCACAGUCAUGGGAUCUUAUGUUA